GGGAGAGUUGAGGGGCUUGGGGAAGGAGCGAGAGGGAGUGCAGAAGCAGGGGCGGCUCUAUCGACAUGCAGUACCCGGUGUUUUCGCAGCUGCUGUGGGUCUGGUUGCUGUCCAGCCACUUCCCGGGGGAGGGCCGAUCACAACAGCCCGAGAGGAUGAAACUCUGCGGCCGCGAGUUCAUCCGAACCGUCAUCUACACCUGCGGCAGCUCCCGCUGGCGGAGGCUGUCGCUGGACCAGCAGAUGGACCGCCAGGCCCAGCCGGCUGAAUCUGUCCAAUCGUUCAUUAGCAAAGAUGUGGAACCGGACAAGCUGAAGUCAGCAUUAAAUCCUGGCGUGGAAGAGUUACAGGGCAUCUUCACCCAGAAGAAACUGAAGGAUUUAUUUGAUCUGGACAGUGACCAUGAGUCUCUACCCAUGUCGGAGAAUUUAAAAACGUACAUCGAUCAACUCAAGGAAUAUUCUGAGACGAGUCAAGGUGAAGGGGAAGCCACAAAUCCUUUAGAGCCAAGCAACUUUAGCUGGGUGAAACAUCCCCGAAAAAAGAGAGACUUCAGCUUGGCGUCUUAUUGUUGUACUUAUACCUGUACCAAAGCUGAUAUUGCCAAAGCAUGCUGAGCUGUGAGAAUGUCAACUUCGUUGAUGUCCCAAUCAGUACUAUGUAUUGGUAGAAAGUGAAAUAUUGUUUUGAUGACUGUAGUUUUCAGUUAACCUGGAAGAAUCUAAUAGUCCUUUCUUUAUUGUUAACUAUGAAUGAAUCUCAUACCUUUUUUCCUGAAAGAGCAAUCUUCAGGGAUUUUUUUUUUCUAGUGGAAAAGUAACAAGAUUUGCAAGUCUGUUCCUAAUUUUAAAUUUUCAUUUCUAGGGUAUUUCUCAUUAUUUUAACCUUGUGAUUCUGUAGGGAAAUGGAUGAAAUCAUUAAAGCAUACACAAUAUUGUAGAAAUAA